AAAAAAAAAAACCCCAAAACCCUAUUCAACCCGCCUCAGUCUCUCUCAAGUCUCAACUGAGCUCAUUUCUAAAUCUCAAGCUCUCAUCUCCACGUCGUUCUCCUUUAGUACACACAGGAUUUCCGGCAGUCAACUUCUCCUCUAGACAACGGAGGAAUUGCUUCACGCCUUGAAAACGAGAAUCAUCAUCAAUCUACUGGGCACGAGAGCACAAGAGAAACAUGCCUCUUUAUGAUUGUAUGCUUCUGUUGAAGCCCCAUGUGAAGAAGGAGGCUUUAAUGGAACUGGUUGCCCGAAUAGGAAAACACGUUUACAGAAGAAAUGGGGUUCUUGCUGAUAUGAAGUCAUUUGGAAUGGUUCAAUUGGGUUAUGGCAUUAAAAAGCUUGAUGGGAGAUACUACCAGGGCCAAUUAAUGCAGAUGACAAUGAUGGCUACGCCCAACAUCAACAAAGAGCUGCAUUACCUAAACAAGGAAGACAGGUUGCUGCGUUGGCUUUUGGUUAAACACCGAGAUACAAAAUAUGGGCUGGAAUUUCUAAGUGAAGAUGAUGGGAAAGGUGAGCUCAGCAAAUUUACACGGAGCAGCAUAUAUGAUGAUGACGACUUUGAUGAAGAUGACGACGACGACGACGAUGAUGAAUAUGAUGUGGACCAAGAGGAGAAGAAAGAGAACUGAGGGUAAUGGAAAUCCAUUGGCAUUUUGUUUGAACUUCCAGAUGCAUGUUUUGCUAGAGCAUCAGGUAGUAAUAAUUAUGAAACUAUUUUUUGGGUAUAUCAGCUUGUCAAAAUGUAUAAGAUCCUUCAGGUUUAAUGUUUGUAUGGGUACUGAAUGUAUGCUCCUUUCUUCUUUAACUAAGUCGACAAAAAUUAUGUGAGUUAAA